UCUGUCUCCCUCGUCCCUUCAUCUCCAGUCCGCUUGUGUUGUCUCGGCGGCUGGUCGGUGUGGGAGAGCGGAUCUCGCGAGUGUUGGAGUUUUGGUGAGAGUUUGUGGAAGAUGGCGCCUGUUGUGACAGGGAAGCUCGGGGAGCGCCCUCAACCACAGCGCCUGACAAGAGAAGCAAUGAGAAACUAUCUGAAGGAGCGAGGAGACCAAACCGUUCUGAUCCUCCAUGCUAAAGUUGCACAGAAAUCCUACGGCAAUGAAAAAAGGUUCUUUUGCCCUCCUCCAUGUGUGUAUCUAAUGGGCUGCGGCUGGAAGAAAAAGAGGGAACAGAUGGAGAGAGACGGAUGCUCGGAGCAGGAGUCUCAGCCAUGCGCCUUCAUCGGCAUUGGGAAUAGUGACCAGGAGAUGCAGCAGCUCAACCUGGAGGGAAAGAAUUACUGCACAGCCAAAACGUUGUACAUCUCGGACUCAGACAAGCGCAAGCACUUCAUGUUGUCGGUGCGCAUGCUCUACGGCAACAGCGCCAACAUCGGCGUCUUCCUUAGCAAGCGCAUCAAGGUCAUCUCAAAGCCUUCCAAAAAGAAGCAGUCGCUCAAGAACGCUGACUUGUGCAUAGCGUCUGGAACGAAAGUGGCACUGUUUAACAGACUGCGGUCUCAGACGGUCAGUACACGCUACCUCCAUGUGGAGGGAGGGAACUUUCAUGCCAGCUCACAACAAUGGGGAGCCUUCUAUAUUCACCUCUUGGAUGACGAUGAAUCUGAGGGAGAGGAAUUCACCGUGCGUGAUGGCUACAUUCACUACGGCCAAACUGUCAAACUUGUCUGCUCUGUCACAGGAAUGGCCCUGCCACGACUGAUCAUCCGUAAGGUGGAUAAGCAGACGGCCUUGUUGGACGCAGAUGACCCCGUGUCUCAGCUGCAUAAGUGUGCCUUCUACCUAAAGGAUACAGAGAGGAUGUACCUGUGCCUUUCCCAAGAGAGGAUCAUCCAGUUUCAAGCCACUCCAUGCCCAAAAGAACCAAAUAAAGAGAUGAUUAACGACGGUGCCUCUUGGACAAUCAUCAGCACAGAUAAAGCAGAAUACACCUUCUAUGAGGGAAUGGGUCCAGUCCACUCAUCUGUCACCCCUGUGCCUGUGGUUGAAAGCUUACAGCUGAACGGUGGAGGAGAUGUAGCAAUGCUGGAGCUAACAGGGCAGAACUUUGCUCCAAACCUACGUGUGUGGUUCGGGGAAGUGGAAGCCGAGACAAUGUACAGGUGUGGAGAAAGCAUGCUGUGUGUUGUACCGGACAUUUCAGCGUUCCGUGAGGGUUGGCGGUGGGUGAGACAGCCGGUCCAGGUUCCUGUAACGCUGGUGCGGAACGACGGCAUCAUCUACUCCACCACUCUGACGUUCACGUACACGCCUGAGCCGGGCCCGAGGCCCCACUGCAGCGCAGCCGGAGCCAUCCUGCGCUCCGCUAAUAACACCCCCAACACUGACACACCAAAUUCAGUCACGGCAAACUCCUCCAACGCCACAGCCGCCGUGGUCUCAUAACACACGUGGUAGCACUCGAGAACUUGUGGGUGGGAGGGAAAAAAAACUACAGGUACAUUUCAACAAAGUGCUGCAUAUAGAUUUCAAAACUGAACAAAGUAUUUGGGCAACACAAAGACGAGGAAUAUGGAGAGUAACGAUGAACCAAGGGGAAAGCAAUGAGGUAUGGAGGCGAAGAGAUGAGAUGUUUGGCGCUUGGUGGCGGACAUGACCGAAACAGUGGAGAACACCUGCACCUUCCGACAUACAGAAGCCGAGAACAUCUGACCCUAGCAACGAUGCAUUUAAGCAAGACAUCUCUACUCCACCUUUUUAUUUGAAUCCCCUCUCCCCCCCAACACUUUCCUGAAUUGUGUUUGUGUGAAGGAGUAAAAAUGGUUAAAAAAAAAAAACAAACAAAAAAAUCACCUGUGGCUCGGUCUGGACUUAUGAGACGAGGGUCACGUUAAAUUUGUAAAUGAAACGUAGUUUUUAUGGACCAAGGUUAUUGUAUAAGCUUUAGUAAAGGUACAUUUUCCUCCAUACAUUUUUUUUUGUAUCUAAACAUAUAGUAUGCUUUUGUUACCAAAUAGUUUCUACUCUGAGUUUUUAAUUUUUUUUUUUGUUUUUUGUUUUUUUCUUCUUUUUUUCCCUCUCAUUAGGGAUGUGGGCAUAGCAGGGUGCUGUGGCCCUCUCAUGGAUUUUGUGUAUAGCUUUCUUUUUAUUUUUUAUUUCAUCUAUAUACGUAUAGAUAUCUGUAUACGUAUAUCCUUUUCACAUUUGCUCAGACUUCAUUUUUGAUACUUCUCAAUUUUUGAUAUGGGACUUGUAUUUUCGUUCUUUUUUUUUUUUUUUUUUUUGGAGUUGUUUUGCUUUGGGAAGAAACUCAGAGGGUCUAUUUUUUAUUAUUGAUUUUUACAAAUUCUCUGAAAAGAACAAAAAAGCUUUAAGCAACGCCUCUGCCUUGUCUGCAAUAUGACGUGUAUAUGCUUCCUUUGAGGAUCUUCUGAUAGUGUGUGUUUAGGUAUCGCAGGAGGAGCAGCGACUUCUCUCUCUCUCUCUCUCUCUCUCUCUCUCUCUCUCUCUCUCUCUCUCUCUCUCUCUCUCUCUCUCCUCCUGUUCAAAACCGUGAAACCAGAAAUCACCAGUUGCAAUACCGAGGCGUGGAACGAGUGUUUCCACUAAACCGUAGCCAUUCAGUACUGCUCGUUUCUCACGCACGCAAACGAUCUGAAGCAGCGCUGCUGUGUUUGGAUGCUGUUACCAACAGUGUGUCAUAAGUCUGGACUGGACAGAUUUUCUUUCCAAGUUUGUGCUCUGAAUUCAUGCUGUCUCCUAAAACCUUUUUGAAAUUCCUUUGUCUUCCUAAUUUUUUAAUUUUUCUAAUUUUAUGUUCGAUUUAUUAUUAUUUUUUUUUUACAAAACGACUGGAUUAUUUGAAUAAUAUUCUUCCAUUAGACGUGGCCUUACUGUAACAACACUUUUAGUUGAAAUGCAGUUCACACCUUAAGACCGUGGCCUGUGACUGUAAACUCUUGAGCUCAGCCUUGUGAGGUUUUUUUUUAUUAUUUUUAUUUGUUUCUUUUUGUUUUGUUUAUCUUUCUGGACAGUCAUUAACAAGGCUGUUUAAAGUUCAGACUUGACCCCUUAACUUCCGCAUGUGGUCAAAAAACGUUUAGAUGCUCUCACAUUAACAUACCCAAAGAUGUUGUGACGCGUUUCCGUUUUUGUACGGAAUUUCUUUCCGAAGAGUGUGUUGGCAGCCGUGGCCUCUCGUACACCAAAAGUAGAGCUUUACUUCCGUCACUUAUCGAUUUGUUCCUCGUGGCCUUGCUAACACACUAAUGUACAUGAAGAUUAUUAAUGCCAGCUAGGAGAAACUAACAAAUCAGCCUGCUGUAGUAGUUUUGUACAGUAGAUUAACUUAUGCGGAGCAUCACUAUGCUUCCUUUUGCUAAGACCAUUAUUUGUAUUCCGUUGCGCCUGCGUCUUACGGCUCGUAGCCUAGCAACCGUGCUAUCUGUUUUUCCGAGCAAUUUGAUGUCUGGAGACCUAGAGAAGAUAGAAGUUUUACGCCCUUUAGAUGUACGUUCGUUGUUCAAAGAUAUAUGCAUACAGCAAUAUUGUAUAGGUUCUGUGUCUUGGUCUGUGGGAUUAACCACUGAUUUUUCACCAGCCUUGAGCCACGUUUAGUGGUUACGAUCAACAGCACGCUCAUCUCGAGUUCACUUUGCUCAUCACGUUUUACUUUCGACUAAUACAACAUCUGAUUUUUUAUUUUUUUUAUUUUUUAAGGACAAUGAAAACAACUUCCCUUCUCAAUCUAAAGAGAGAGCCGAUGCAGAUCUGAAACCAAUAGAAAAUGUUUUCAGAGAAUUGUGUUUAGAACAAAGAUUAGUGAAGAAAAUGUUAGUCAUGCUGUUUGUCCAUUCCUGACAGAAACCUUUAAGUUACAAAGCGUAACUAAAUGACAGCGUUCUUCCCUUUUUUUCCAUUUUUUUACUAAUAUGAAAAGUAGCUUUAAAGUCUAAUAUUGUAUUUUUUUAAAUUAUUAAUAAAACCGCCUCCCUCUUUAGUGUGGCGUCACCAUUGAAGUGCUUUAAGGCCAGCUUGCUUCCUAGUAGACAAAAAAAAAGCCCUUAUUAUUUGAAUUUGCUUAAGAAACGAGAACCGGCCGUCCAUCCUGUUUGUUUUCAGCUGUUUGAGGACGUUCUAAGCAGUUUGGCCUGUAAAUAAAGAAAAUAAAUAAAAGUGUCGAUUCGCAGCAAUCACCUGAAGCAGUGGCAACAACUUUCAUCUGUAUUGCUCUCCAAACAGGCUUCUAUGACAAUCCUAGCUGUUUUUUGCUGUUUACAUUGACUUUGUUGUCUUUUUUUUUUUUAAUUUUUUUUUAUUAAUUGUUUUGCUGCGGAGCUUUAGAAUGAAGGAACUUUCUGAACUGGGUGUGCUUUACAUUAUUUACCAAGUUAAAGAAUGAAUAAUCUGACAAAACAUAUCUUUUACUUAUGUCCAUUAAGUAAUAUCUUUCUGUCUCUUGGAGACUUCAGCCGUAUAGGAAAACACACACACACACACACACUCACACACACAACAGUGUUGCAUAUCAUGGUCACAGUAUCCCAGCUUCAGUUCACAUUUCCACAGUACGAGCUGUGAGCAUCUCAGAAUCUCAGCUCGUCGUGUUCUUCAGCUUUUAUAUUCCAGCGGUAACGUUUUUCACGUGGCCUCCCUGCCUUUUCCACGUUUUACUUGGCUCUUCCGAAUGCAGCUGUUUUUUUACGAGCUCUGAUGGAUGUGUAUUGCGUGUAUGUCCUCUAAUAUGCCAAAUGAUUCUUUUUUUUUUUUUUACUUUGACUUUCAUGCACUGCCCAAGAAAAAAAAUAGCACCAGAGGCAGCUUUUGAGGGGAAAAACCCUUUCAUUUUAUUAGAUGAUGAGCUGAAAAGCAAGUUACAAUUUCAAAAUAAUAAACAACAUGCAAAAUGCAUCUCUCUCUCUCUCUCUCUCUCUCUCUCUC